AUGAAGCUUGCAUAUAACUAUUCAUUGGGUAAACCAAAACCAAAGGCAAAUCCAUUAGGUAAACCAAAGGCAAAUUCAUUGGGUAAACCAAAGGCUAAUUCAUUGGGUAAACCAAAACCAAAGGCAAAUUCAUUGGGUAAACCAAAGGCAAAUUCAUUAGGUAAACCAAAGGCUAAUUCAUUGGGUAAACCAAAGGCAAAUUCAUUGGGUAAACCAAAGGCUAAUUCAUUGGGUAAACCAAAACCAAAGGCAAAUUCAUUGGGUAAACCAAAGGCUAAUUCAUUGGGUAAACCAAAGGCUAAUUCAUUUGGUAAACCAAAACCAAAGGCAAAUGCAUUGGGUAAACCAAAGGCUAAUUCAUUGGGUAAACCAAAGGCUAAUUCAUUAGGUAAACCAAAGGCUAAUUCAUUUGGUAAACCAAAACCAAAGGCAAUUUCAUUGGGUAAACCAAAGGCUAAUUCAUUGGGUAAACCAAAGGCUAAUUCCUUAGGUAAACCAAAGGCUAAUUCAUUGGGUAAACCAAAGGCAAAUGGCAAUGAAAAAAAAGAGAGCAAAGUUUCAAAAGUACAUGUAUAUAUUGACAGGUCAACUUAUCUGAGGCUUUAG